CCCGGCCCCUCCCCAGCUCCGGCGGGAGCUGAUUGGCGCAGGCAUGGCCGCCUGCCCCGGGCUCCCUGCAUUUGAGCAGCUUCCAGAAGCUGACAAACCAGACUGGUUACAGCCAGGCUCGGCCCCAGCCCUGCCUGGCCCACGGCAGGAGGCAGCUGCCUGCGCGGGUGCCCGCCACGCCUGCAUCCUUCUGGCGCAGCGGGCAGCGCCCGGCUCGGUGCCCUCUCCUCUGGACCGUGGUGGGUCAGUACUGCGUUGGUGCUGGGGAGGAGGAAGAGGAGGAGGAGGAAAAGGCUGUUGGAUGCUCACGGUGCUGCCCCUCUUGGGGUGGCCUUGGUGAGGGUGAUGGGGCUGCACCCGGCGUUAGAGGCUCCAGACCCUCCGGUCUGGGAGGGUGCCCCAAAGCGCACCAGAGGGAUGUUGGGAGUCUGUGCGGGCACUGCUGCCUUCAAGCCCUCCGGACAGCCGUGCUGAAGGAGUCUCCUGCCCUGGAGCAGCACCCACGUCCCGCACUCAGCCCCGAGGGGAGCCGGCGGGCGGGGGGCGAGCGGGGUGGCUGCUCUGGCCACCCUGAUGGAGCCGGUGGCAGGUGAGGAGGCAGAACCUGGCCCGCCGCCAGGGCAGGCAGCCGGUGGGGAAGGCUGUGCCAGGCAGCGGGACGAGAGCGAGACCGUGGGGUCGGGAGACCCCGGGGAGCCGUCCCAACGCUGUGGAGACGCUGCUGCUGCCUGGAGAUGCUGGGAGCUGCCACCGACGGAGGAUGCCAAGGAGCCGCUCCUGCCCGGGCAUGAGGAGCCGCCUGCCCACGGUGCCUCCCUGCCUGCGGGGCAGGACCCUCCCGCUGCCAACACCACCGCCCCCGUCCUGCCCCGCGGGGAAAGCCCAUGGCCCAGACCUGAAAGUGUCUCCAGCUCCACCCUGAGCCUCUUCGGCAAGGCAGAGAAGGCAUCGAGCGGUGGCGAGGCGGUGGCAGCGGAGCCGGGCCUCGUGCUGGCGGGCAACGAAGACGAGUGCCCCAUCUGCACGGAGCCCUACGACGAGCAGCGGCACAAGGCGGCCGUGCUGAACUGCAACCACGGGCUGUGCCGUGCCUGCCUGCGGGCCAUCAUGGACACGGCCACCGGCGCCGAGCUCGGCCGCGUGCGUUGCCCCAUCUGCCGCCAGAAGACGCCCAUGCUGGAGUGGGAGAUCUGCAAGCUGCAAGAGGAGCUGCUCCUGCUGCACGCCCAGCCCGGCUCCCCCGGCGCCCUGGCCGCCUCCCGGCCCCCUGCCCUGCCGCCUCGGCGCCCGGGCCUGGUCGGCGCCCUCGAGCAUCACUUCCAGGUGCGCUUCCACACGAGCCGCAUGUUCGGGUGCCUGCCCUGCGUGCGGUACCCGCCCUGCCUGAUCCGCGCCUUGGCGCGGCUGGAGCGGCGCUGCCGCUGCUGCUACCUCCUGCUGCUGGCGCUGCUGCUGGCGGCAGAGAUGCUCAGCCUGCUCCUCAUCUUUCUCCCCAUCGUCCUGAUGGUGAUGCUCUUCCUCAUCCUCGACAAAUAGCGCUGGCUUUGUGCCCUCAGGCUGAGCAUGCGUGGGGAGAGGAGCCCAGCUCCGGCUCUGCCCGCGGCCGUGGUGCCGACUGGAAGCAGGCCUGUGACCCUGGUGCCUGGGACACCUGGCACUGCCCGUGAACCCGGAGCGGGUGAGGCAGCGGAGGAGCAGGAGCAGGCAGCAGAGGGAGGCGACCCUGGAGCCGGGCAUUACCUGCACCGCAGCACCCGGUGACACAUCACUGCCACGGCCAGGGGGUAGAUGGAGUGGGAGCCCUUCCUGCGCUGAGGCACAUCCCUGCCUGGGGGCUGGGGGCUAGAGAGGCUCUGCAGGCAGAGCAAGGCUGUGCCACGGGCUGUGCCACCUGCACCCAGGACAAAUGGGCUGGGAUCCCCCAGCAGGGACUGAAAAUACAGCCUGUGUUUGUACCACAGCCGUGUCCAGCUGAGUUCAGUGCCUGGUCUGAGCAUGUCCCCUUGGGGCCCAGCAGUGACACAAGGAGGGAAUGGGCACAGCCAGUGCACCCACCUACAAGGGGUGUGUGCUCCACCAUGGCAUCUCCCAGCCCCUGCCGAGCCGUGCCAGCCCGUGCUCAGACUGUGCCCGUCGGGGAGAUAAGUGAGCAAACACGGCUCUGUCCCUGCCAUACACGGGUGGAGGAGCCUGUGGUGAGUGGCACAGGGGCUGUGCCCACAUGGGACCUGCCACAGAGCAGAAGUGUCCCUGGACUGAGCAGGAUCUGGGCUCUGCCUUUGUCUGCCAGCCUUACGUGGGGUCCACGUGCCAACCAGGUGAUGUCUGGGUCACAGUGUGGCUGCUCUGCACCCUUGUUCCUCCCCAAGGGGACAGGGAUGGGGAUCUUCCCAGGUUUUCAGCCACUUUUGGGCUGGUAGUGGGUAGCAGGGAGUUGUCAGACCCUCGAGGUCCUUCCAGGAUUCUAUUUCAGGGGUGCUGACACCCACCUCCACAGCCUGGAAUGUGCAGCAGGCUGUUUGUCACUGCCGGCCUCCUCUGAGUGUCCUGCCAAGGCUCUGACCCCAUGCCAAUUUCCCCCUCCCUGUGCUGUCCCCCCUCUCUGUCCCCCUCAGCCCAGCCCUGCUGGGGGGCUGGUGACACUGCUGUGCCCUGUCCUCCUGCCUGGCUGUGCUGGGCUCGUGCAACCAUUGCUGUGUCCUGGCUUUGCCCCUCUCCCCUGGAAACACCCCGUGGGCACCUCCCCAGAGCUGUGGCUGUGGGAGACAGACCACAGGGUGCCAGCCCCAACACCCCCUUCCCCUUCCUCCUGCCCAGAAGCUGGGGAGGUGAGCAGCCAGCAAGCACUGCUGUGCUCCCACAGAAAACCCAUCCUUGUGCCCAGGAGGGCAGAGAAUGGGGCUACGGGCCUUGCCAGGACACUGGUGCCAGUCAGCAUCAGCGCUGCCAUGGGCUGCUCUGGCAAAGUGCUGAGGCACAGGGUAGGAGCAAGGCACCCCAAAACAGGUCAGUCAGCAGGCAGAAGCAGGUGGGUCCCCCCAGCCCUGGUGGCACCAAGGAAUAUUUAUUUAUACCAAGUGGAGCAGCUCCAUCAGGAGAAGUGCCAGUUCAGCCCUGGCUGGGGCGGUUUUGGUUCCAUGGAACCUGUGGGGAGGGGGAGCUCAGACACCCAGAGGGCCCUGUCACCAUGUGGGAGCCUCGUGCCCCUGCCCUACAUUGCGUCGGGGUGUUGGGGUGAACCAGGCCAGGGCUGCCCCCACGGACACCCCCGGCACUCCUCCCGUGCUUCCUGAGCCAGCUGUUGGCACCUCUGGGUGCUGAAAGCUGAAGGACACCUCCAUGGCCCUGAGAAGGGGUCCCUGGGGGCUGUGGUGUGGGAUGGACCCUGUGGGCCAUGUGGGGCCUGGCUGCAGUAUCCACUCCCAGAGCUGGGUUAUAUUUAGCAACGUGAGAUAGUGGUGAGCAGGGCUGGGGGCUGGCAG